AUGGCCCCGAGAGAAGAAUUGUCAGGCGAUGAGUCUGAUGACUCUCAACUUGAAUGGGAAUUGGAACAAGGGAUCCCUCAAGUGGACGACCCUUUCAUCCAAAAGUACAUGGCGGGGCGGGAUGCCCUGAUAGAACAAGAGAAAAAGCAACGACAUGAUCGAGCCUUCAAACAGAACAUGUCUCCCAUGGCCAAGCAGGCGGCGAAGAUCAUGGCAUCUAUUCGACGGCGAGAGUUGCAGAGUGUCUGGACCUCCGAGUUCGAGGACAGCCUUGCUGAUAAGAAUGGCGGCAACCUGUAUCCAGGCAUGAUGUUCACUCUGGCACGGGAUCGCAUGGAGACGACUGAAUUAUGGAAAAUCGUCGAGAAGAUGCCCAAAGGCGCUCUCCUUCAUGCCCACUUGGACGCCAUGAUUGAUAUUGACUGGCUGGUUGACCAGGCUCUCGCGGAGAAGGGAUUCUGCAUGAUUGCACCUGAAGGCCUGAGUGACAAGGAUAAGCGAACUUCAGGGGCAUUGCAAUUCAGGUACUAUCCCGAUGAGGUGGUCAAGAAGCAGAAGAAUCCCGGGAGCAUUUGGACUGCAGCGUACACGCCAAACACGCCGGUCACGAUCAGAGAAGCGCAGCGGACAUUCCCGGACGAUGAUCAAACCUUUAAGAAAUGGCUGAUUAGCAGAUGUACCAUUACGGGCGAGGAGUCUUUGUGUCACCACCACGGACUGAACGCCAUCUGGAAGAAGUUUCAGAGCACAUUCUUAGUCAUCACUUGGAUGUUUACAUAUGAACCUAUUUUCCGCCGUGCCAUUCAGCGACUCAUCGGGCAGUUGGCAAAGGAUGGCAUUACCUACGUUGACUUCAGAAUUGCCUUCAAAUUCGAAUUUCGAAGGCAAGGACAGACUACCGGCCAAGUCGGCAAAUUUGACGACUUUUUCGCGGUCAUGGGUGAAGAGAUUGAGAAGUUUAAACGGUCGCCCGCCGGUAAGACGUUCAAAGGCGCACGCAUGAUAUGGACAGUCAUCCGUAAAAUGGAUAAUCGAGCACUUGCCGAUUCCAUGAAGGAGUGCAUUCGUAUGAAGAAGAAGUUCCCCCACAUGAUUUGCGGCUUUGACUUCGUGGCUCAAGAAGACCAGGGAAGGACACUGAAGGAUCUCACGCCACUCAUAUUCUGGUUCAAGAAGAAGUGUGCAGAGGGGGGUGUCGAUCUGCCUUUCUUUUUCCACGCGGGCGAGUGCCUUGGUGACGGCGACAGCACGGACAACAAUUUGUUCGAUGCACUUUUGCUGGGAACUCGACGCAUCGGGCAUGGGUACUCUUUGUACAAGCAUCCCUUGCUGAUUGACAUGGUCAAGGAGAAGAAGAUUCUGAUCGAGAGCUGCCCGAUCUCGAAUGAGAUCCUGCGGCUCUCAAGCUCUAUUCUUUCGCACUCUCUCCCGGCACUCCUCUCACGAGGGGUGGCCGUGUCACUGAACAACGACGACCCUGCAAUUCUGGGCCACGGGAAGAACGGCUUGAGUCAUGAUUUCUGGCAAGCGUACAUGGCAUUUGAGAACCUCGGGCUGGAAGGCCUUGCGACAAUGGCUGAGAACUCGCUGAAAUGGUGCGCCAUCGAGGAUCAAAAACCGGGUGAGUGGACCAGAGAUAUCACCGAGGGUUAUUUGGGUAAAGGCACAAAGGCGAAGUUGUUGAGAGAAUGGAGGAGCGAGUUUGAAAAGUGGUGUCAGUGGAUCUUGAUGGAGUAUCCCCUAGAGGCUGAGGAAGAGGAUGGAGAGGAGGAAGACGAAGAUGAGUCCGAGGAAGAUGAGGAGGAGGAAGAAGACGAGGACGAUGAAGACGAUGAAGAGUAG